GUAAGAGACCGUGAAAUGAUUAAGGUGAAAGAGGAAUUUGAAUCAAAGUUAAGUAAAGAAGCCAACAAUGAUCAACACAACUUGUUGAGCAACAUGGUCGACGCCAGGGCUUGCUAUAAACCCAGCGAAAGAUAAAGAAGUCAAGUGUCUACCCUUAGAGUACAAUUAAAAAACUAAACAGAAAAUCUACAGAAAAUUUUGUCUGCUGUGUACUAGUUGGUCUGUUCUGUACUUCUACUUUGUACAAAUUUUAUUUUGCAUGGGCAUUGAGCUUGAAUAUUGGAAAGCCCACUGUAUGAGUUGUCGAACACACAUGAACGUUGAGCACUUUGAAAUUUAUUAAGAUUUAUCAAUAUGACUAAUGAUAAACAGUCAUGGUUCCGCGGAGUACGGAGUAGCAAAUUCCGACAUGUGUAUGGCCUACCGGCGAAGCGGGAUAAAUGUUACGACAAUAUAAAAAUCACUAAAAAUGCUCAUGACUCACAAUUUUGUGCAGUCAAUCCAAAAUUCCUGGCUAUUGUCACAGAAGUAGCUGGUGGUGGUGCAUUUCUUGUAAUUCCUCUUGAUAAUACAGGACGAUUGGAUUUUAAUGCAAAUAGAGUAACUGGACAUACAGGUCCUGUUUUGGAUAUUAAGUGGAAUCCAUUUAAUGAUAAUGUCAUCGCAUCAUGUUCCGAUGAUUGUACGGUCAAGCUAUGGCAUAUACCUGACGGUGGUCUUUCAAGGAAUCUCAAUGAGUGGCUAGUUGAACUACAGGGUCACAAGCGUCGUGUGGCCUACAUAGAAUGGCAUCCAGUCGCUGAUAAUAUUCUAUUUAGCGCCGGGUUCGAUCACCUUGUCAUUGUAUGGGAUAUCAAUCGCGGAGAAGCAAUAAAUAUUAUUGAUCGCCAUCCAGAUGUUAUUUACAGUAUGUCCUUAAAUAGGGAUGGUAGUUUAUUAGCUACUACUUGUAAAGACAAAAAGUUGCGAGUUUUUGAGCCACGUUCGGGCAUUGUUAUUUCUGAAGGAAUAUGUCAUGCAGGAACAAAAGCAAGUAAAGUUGUAUUUCUUGGUGGUUCCGGACGUCUUUUGACGACUGGAUUCAGUAGACACUCUGAUCGCCAGUACGCCGUUUGGAGUCAGCAUGAUUUGUCAAGUCCGCUUACGUGUGAAACGAUAGAUUCGUCAAGUGGAAUCGUAUUCCCAUUUUGUGAUAACGAUACUAACAUGGUUUAUCUUGCUGGCAAGGGAGACGGUAACAUAAGAUACUACGAAGUUGUAAAUGAAGCCCCUUGGUUACAUUACUUGAGUCAAUUUAUAUCGGGUAAUCCUCAGCGAGGACUGGGCGUCAUGCCAAAGCGAGGUAUUAACACAUCCACGUGUGAAGUAUUCAGGUUUUUUAAGUUACACGCUACUCGUGGUAUGUGCGAACCGAUUUCAAUGAUAGUACCAAGAAAAAGCGACCAAUUUCAAGAAGACUUGUACCCCGAUACAGUUGGAACAACUCCCAGUUUGUCAGCAAAAGAUUGGAUCAGCGGAAUGAACAGUCCACCGAUUUUAAUAUCACUAAAAACUGGUGGAGGUAUCACAACUCAUAAACCGCGUGUUUAUAAACCAGCUCAAUUAACACCAGCGACAGAUACCAACACGAAAAAAAAAUUUGCAUUUUUAUCCACGGAAACAAUACCUGACUACAGAUCAAUAGAUCUUGAUAUUUCCGAGAAAAGUCAGAAAACAUCAAGUAAUCAGAGCACAAAAAUUCAUCAGCUGCAACAGAGAUUUGGUCAUGUGACUAUUCAGACACCGAGAUGUAGCACCGAAUUCUAUGAGCUCGUUAGCAAGUUUGGAGCCUAUACGAAUUGUUACAAGAACAAUAAUUCAUCGGACAAUAAAAUUUCUGAGUCUGUUGAUGUGCCGAAUAAUGAAGCUGAGCUCCGAUUAGCUUAUGUACGACAAAUGGAUGAAUUACGAUUGGUCAAGCGACAAUUAGCUAACAGUCAACUGCGUGUCAAAGAACUUGAAGAGCAGCUAAGAAAAUUGCAGAAUCACUGAAGCAAUUUAUUUUUAUAUUUAUAUAUAAAUAACUAUUUAUAUAACGAUUUAUUGUUCGAAGACACAAAAUUUAUGCUUAAUCGCUGCAGAGAGUGGAGAAAAUAAUGUUUAUUUAUCAACUGCUUGAAGCUACAAUGAAUUAUAAAAAAUUUAUAUAUUAAGAGUUUCAGUACAAAGCUUCACAUCAUAAAGAUAGCAAAAAACAAUUAAUGUCUUAAACAAUACUGAUAGAGUGAAUAUAACUAUUCUUCUUGGUUUUUUUCAUUUAUACAAAUAGAAGAAACAAAGUAUUUCUUUGCGGUAAAUUUA